AUGCGCUCAUCUUGGUUCCUCUUCUCUGCCCUAGCAGCUCUGGCUGCAGCCGCCGAGCCCGGCACAACAACGAUCAGCUAUUUCGCAAUCGACAAUGACUCCGCCGGUGCCGAUCUCGGUGCCUACACCAGCACCGCAGGCCGGGUCGUUGGCAUCGACAAGUACGCCACAACCUACGAGAUCGCCUGCUUGCCAGGCGCAUCCAAGUGCGCAUUAGAACAUCCUGCAACCCUAAUCCAGGGCGAUGCCACAUACAGCGUCUCCCUCGAAGCAAUUAUGGUUACCAGCGGUAUUACGGCCCACGCAACCGCCAUCGAGUCAUGCAGCUUCACCCGUGUUUCGGAAUCUGCUGUCUGCAGCUGGAGUCUUGCAUACACCGGCAUCCAUGGCACUACCACCGUUUCCGAUUCUGCCUCUAGCACACAGUCCAUCCCGUCCUCUUUGAUUACCUAUAGGCCUCUUACUAUCACCGAUGGCGUCUACGCUCUCACCGCUGAUGCGACGGCUUCGACUUCGCUGGUCAGGAUUACCCCUACUGCUUCGACUACUGCUUCUGCCGGUGGUGUUGCGGCUGCUGCGAAGCCUUUGAUUACUGCUGCGCCGUUAGGUGCUGCUGUUGCUGUUGCUUUUGCGGCUAUGCUCUAG